AUGCUUCAUCAUCCUGCAGAUGUUAUGGACUCAUUGCAACCUCUGAAUAACUCCUCCUACAAGUUUCCACCCAUUUGGCCUCUGCAAGAGGACCGGAACUCCACCAAGGUCACCGCUUCCGAUCUGUCCACGGAGGAGACCAUCAACCCUUGGGAUGUUGCCCUUUGUGUUGCUGGCACUGUGAUGUCCUGUGAAAAUGCCAUUGUCUUGGCUAUCCUCUUUUACACGCCCACGCUCCGAUCUCCCAUGUUUAUCCUCAUUGGCAGCCUCGCUUUAGCCGACUUGCUUGCUGGACUUGGGUUGAUUGUCAACUUUAUUUUCAUGUACCUCUUCCACUCGGAAAUGGCGACCCUAAUCACCGCAGGACUACUUAUAUCUUCUUUUUCUGCUUCAGUGUGCAACUUGCUGGCCAUCACUGUGGAUCGAUAUCUAUCUCUAUACAAUGCUCUCACCUACCACACUGAAAGGACUUUGACAUUUACCUACGUGAUGUUGGUCGCCAUGUGGCUCAUCUGCAUUGGCUUUGGAUUGCUUCCGGUCAUUGGCUGGAACUGCCUGAGGGAUCAAUCUACUUGUAGCAUUCUUCGUCCUAUUACUAAAAACAAUGCUGCAGUCCUGGCUGUAUCGUUUCUCAUAGUUUUCGCUUUGAUGUUGCAACUAUACCUCCAGAUCUGCAAAAUUGCGUUCCGUCACGCUCAGCAGAUAGCAGUCCAGCACCAGUUCAUGGCAACAUCACAGGCCUCAACAACUAGGAAGGGUGUGUCUACUCUGUCACUGAUCCUAGGCACCUUUGCUGUGUGUUGGGUCCCACUAGCUGUCUACUCAUUAAUUGCAGACUCCAGUUACCCAAUGAUUUAUACGUAUUCACUGGUUUUAUCUGUAACCUGUAAUUCAUUAAUUAAUCCUAUUAUUUAUGCAUUUAGGAACCCAGACAUACAGAAAUCUCUCUGGUUGGCAUGUUGUGGUUGUAUCUCGUCUGACUUUUUGAGAACAAGGACAUCGAGUGAUGUGUAAGAGAUUUGCGUUUUAAGAACAGAUUACUGACACUACCCCAAAUGCCUAGUGAAUGGUUCAAGUUCCAGGUAACAAAGCUGAGAAUCAUACAAGUCAGAUUGUAAUUGGCUGUGAUUGGCAUGAGGCCUAUUUAAAGUUUCCUCUGCCACUGCUUACACUGUAUGAUGUGCUGGGUGACAAGUAAGAGCAUGAGCGGAGGCUCCAUAUUUACAUGGGCUCAGGACGGACUAUUAGCUGAGUGAUAACGGAAGAUGCCUGUUAGAAUUCCACCUUCAGUAUACAUAGAAACAGAAUCAGGUGUAUCACUGAGCUAAAUCUUAACAAUCUGAGGUUCAUAGUACCAUUUUCACUAGUUUGAAAGCUCUUAUAUAUUGUGUUUUGUCUCACUCCUUCUCAGUUUCCAGUUGGUCAGUUAGUCAAUUAAAUAUUACAUGGUAAUGACUUGUAAUGAGGAAUCAAAGGUUGGCAGAUUUCCCCCAAGAAAAAUUACUUGAGUUGUUUUUUUUUAAUCAAAUCAUCAGACUUAGCAGUUUGUAUUCUCACUUUGCAAUAGCAUUUUCUUUAAAGUUUGUAUUUAUAAGAAUAAUCAGCAACUCUUUAUUUAUUACAACAUUGCAGUGCUUUUAAGGUGAACUAUGUCACCUAACUGUGGAAAGCUCAGAAUCUACAACUGAAAAUGAAGACCACAAAUCUACUGUUUUAUGCAUACCCUUUAUCACAUAUUAAAUAAUGCCAUAUGAGUGUUGUUUUAGUUUGAAAUAUUGCAGUCUUAAGUAUACGUGUGUUAUAGGCUGGUCAUUGGGUUACUAAAAACAUGUUUGUAGUCAGCUUCAUAGCAACGUAAUAUAAGGGAAAUGUGAUAAAAUAUUCUAACUUGUGCCAUUUCAGUUUGAUUAUCCUUGGAAAAUAUCCUCAGAAUAAUCUUUUUCUUGAACUUUUAUCAUUUAAUGUGAUAACAUCAUUAAAAUAUUCAAUAAUCGAUGACUUAAGCCAUUCUAAUGGUUCUACAGAAUUAGUCUGGAAUUAGAGAAGGAUAGGAUUUCAAAGUCCAAAAUUAAACAAUAACAAAGACAAUAGCUAAUCCUUCUAACCGAAAAUCACAGGAGGCAACAAAAAUCACAUUUUGAACAAACAGUAUCUGUGUGUGUCUGUCCGUGUGCAUGCUCUGGCUAACCCUAUUAAAUGAAAGUCACAGGCAACAGCAAACAUAACAUUCUGAAAAUCCAGUCUCCUCCUGUGAAUAUGUGGGUGUGUACAUCUGUUGUUAUGAACAGAUUUCUACAAAAAAAUGGCAAUGAUUGUAAAAAACAGAGGAGUAAAAAAUGCAGUUGAAAUGACGUUUGCAAUACUGAAGAAAAUUUCUAGUAGGUUUGAGGUGGGAUUUUUAAAUAUUUAAAGGCACUCCAUUUCAAAUGAAAUUAGUAAUUAAUGUUUUUUGCCUUAAAAUGUUCUCAGACACUCAGAAGAUGUAUAACUGAAAACUAUUAUAGUGUGUAUAAUAGCACAUUCCUGGAGUAGUAGACUUUUGGAGUUGCUGUCAGAACUGAGUUUUCCAUGAAAGAUAUUAGUUUGUAUUUUUGCACUGUUGCUCUGACACUGGUGUAGUCAAAUUAGUUUACUAUUGUGAACAAAGUUGGGGACUACAGCAGAAGAAAGAGUUCCCUGUUAUAUUAUUAUUAUUAUUAUUAUUUUAAUAUAUUUAAUUAUUUGGACACUCAUCUUCAAAGAUAAACAUAAUGAUACACUCACAAAAGUGACUUGUCAAAGAUACAUUUUUAUUUGUAAAAUCUUUAAAUUAGAAAAUAUAGUCAGUUGUUUGUAAAUUCUCUGUGUUAAGACUAACCUAAUAAACUACUUAAGUAAAUAAUGUUAGAUAUUGUGAUUCAAUCUAUAUUACAUUUUUCUGUAUUAACCCCCAAUAGUUCUGCAAUUUGUCGGGUAGGAGUUGCA